UCUAUGUGACAGGGAACUACCUGUCCGAAACACCGGGACACUGCUGUAACACGGCGCCAAAGGAAAGACACACCAAGAGAACUACCUAACCGACACACCGGGACACUGCUGUAACACGGCGCCAAAGGAAAGACACACCAUUGCUGAGACUACUGUGAAUAAUGACAAAAAUCUUUUCUGCCGAUCUGCCAAUCACACAAGCUUUUAAACUAACCAGUCGCUUGCGGAAGCUGAACGACUCAGGAGACACUUUCUGUCAGAGGCUGAACUUAUUUGUUGCCGCCAUUCUCUUUAUCCUGUCAUUUCUGUCGUAUGGUGUCGACGUCAUUCUCGCCAAAGACAACGAAGGUGUAUCUGUAUACUGCUACUGCCCGGCCGAGUUUCCAACGUCACGUGUCCACUUCACAAACUCCGUGUGCUUUACAAAGGGGUUUUAUUAUUUACCAUUUGACGAACCGCUGUCAAUCCCAGAAAGUCUCCGUGCUGUGAAUGACAACGACAAGGAUAACGAAGACGAACUUUUAAAGUACUAUCCAUGGGUCUCUCAUAUUCUGCUCCUCCAGGCGACCUUGUUCUGCAUACCACGGUUGCUAUGGAGCCUUGGGGCCAUCAGAGAGGGGUUCCAUCACGUCAGCGCUAUAGAUAUGAUGGACAGACACAUCUUUGGAGAUAAAGACAACGAUAACGAACUUAAAUCCAAGGGUGUUAACAACAUUGAGAACUAUCUUACCCGCCUUAUACAGUUACGAGAUUCUGCAAUUUGUAAUUCCAAAUUACUUCCCUUUAUUCCUACCGGAUAUUGCUACACAGUUUGGUUCAUGGCAACAGAGUUUUUGAUGAUAGGUAACUCUGUUUCGCAGUUUUACCUUUUAGACUUUCUACUCGGAAUAAACUUUACCAGGUUUGGUAUCGAUUACUUAUCACAGGUACCCAAUUUAUUGUGGGAAGAUCACAGCAGAUUUCCUAGAACAGCUUUUUGUGACCUGAAAAUUCGCCAGCAUACUAACAUUCAUACCUAUACUGUACAGUGUGCACUGCCAUCAAAUAUGUUAAACGAGAAGAUAUUUCUCCUGGUUUGGGUGAUGCUUCUUUCUGUGUCUGCUAUGAACGUGCUUUCAUUCCUCCAUCACCUGUAUACCAUACAACAAAUGCAUUUGAAAACUGUAGAGAAAAUCAACUCGUAUCAGUUAAGAACGUAUUUCGAUACAGAGAAAGUAGGGAAUGUUUUAACUGUCAAACGUUUUGUGUACGAGUAUCUGAAGUCGGAUAUACUAGUAUAUCUAUGGCAAUUAAGCAAAGGGCACAAGCCUCUCACUGAUGACGUGACACACAGACUAUGGAACCGGUACGUAGGCGGUCUGAAUGGAGAGGUACAGGAAGAGGAAGAAGUUUGUGUUAAGAGAAUGUGACCACCAUCAGUUAGGCCUGUUGGAAUCCGGAGAAAUCACCACAUAAAUGAUCAUGAAAUUCCCCUUCAAAAUUAAACACAUGAUUGAAUAUUUGUAUUUUAUCUUAUCAUAUAUUUAGAUUUUGUAAAUAAUGUCGAAAUGCUAUUGUAAUGACAUAUCGGUAUGCACCGUAUGCCGUACUAACAUGUUGCAAUGAAGCGAUUU